AUGGGACGAGCAGCAGCGCCCAUUUACACUUUCACGCCAAGCGGUACAGGUAUACGGGAUGCUCAAGGAGCACCUCGAGCCUCCUACUGCUCCAUCCAAGCAAUUCCGAUCCCUUCAAAUCCUUCCACCACCUCUUCUUCUACCACCAAGAAGUUCCAACACUUCAUCCACACUUUACCGGUCCAUUUCAAACGGGGCGAUGUGGUAUACCUACGCACUUCAUCCGGAAGACCCGAUGUGGCCGUCCUUACAGACUUUGUGGUUUGGGAUGACGAGGAGAUUGCGGGUAGCACGAGAGCUGCAAUCUUUGUUAGUGCUAGAGUGUUUUUGAGAGGAAGCGAUCUGGCAGCUAGCACGUCCAGAGCAAUGGGAAACCUGAUCGACGAGCAUGAGCUCUUCUAUCCGCAGACCGCACCAGCUAUAGCCAGGACUCUGGGCCGUCCGAGCAAACGACGCAGGCGAAUGCAAACCUCUGCCGAGGUCGAUGAGGACAAGGACACAGCAGCAGACGGAGCAGGAUCUAGCAAUGUAGAGGCGCACAAUGAUGAUGACGAUGACGAAGAAGACGCCCAAGCUUUGGUUCUGCCAGCUGCGGAUCUCUUAGGACAUGCUCCCAUUUGCAGUUCGUUCAAAGACUGUCAAGCUCGCCUAGCCGAAACGCCCACGCCGCCAAUCGAGCCCAAGUCGUCAAAGGGAAGGCGUCCAAAGGCUGCACCCACACCAAGCUUUCUUUUCGUCGAGCGAGCAGUGGAUGUUCAAAGAGGCGUCUUUUGGUCGCUAGACUGGGAAGAAGUACGAAAAAGAGGGGUGGAGGGAAAAGGUUGGGAACUUGUAGAGAAAGACGGAAGCACUUUGAAAGAUGCGGGUCUGAGACCUCAGGAGUUGAAAGAGAUGGAAGAGAAGAACCCGAAGAGGAUCGCAGAGCUACCUCGAACCCCUCGACGCAGAGCAGCUGUAUCUAGAGAGGGUAGCGCACGAUCCUCUAGCAGUAAGAUCACGCCCAAGAAGCGCACACCCGCUGGACGUGCACGGACGACCCUUUCCACACCAACCAGAAGAAAGCGCGCAGCUACGCCAGACGAGGCGACUUCUGACUCUGGAGCGUCCAAUGACUCGGACGACGAAGCGGGGGAAUCUGCAGAUGGAUACAAAUCGUCGAGCACGAACGAGAGUUCUGUGGAUAUGGAUGCUGCAGUCUCGGACGCCGAAGACGAAAGCGAAGAGGAUGACGAUGAAGAGUACGAGGGAAGGGACAAUUUAAUACUCGAAAGACACCGCAAACGAAGGGCGUCCAAAAUUAGUCGCGCCCUACCGAGAACACCGGUCAGACGACGAGCACUCGGCGGGGUGAUCGAUACGCCAACGCGAUCACAAGCUUCCACCCCCAACGUGACACCACGAAGAAAGAGGAUACUCGAGGUCCAUUCAGCAACGACGUCUUUUGCCACUUUACCAGCUCGAGCACCUCAGCUUAAGGAGCUCUCCAAAGAAGACUUGUCCAAGCUUUCCGCGCAUACACGAGCGCGACGGUUGUUGCACGUAGGAGCUACACCUGAACAGCUACCGUGCAGACAAGACGAGUUUGAGGAAGUCUUGUCGUACGUCGAAGAUGCGGUGCAGGAUGGGAUUGGGGGUUGCGUCUACGUAGCCGGUGUACCCGGGACAGGCAAGACGGCUACUGUGCGAGAGGUGGUGCGACACUUGACCAGGAGAGCGGAUGCGGGUCAGAUAAGCCCCUUCAAUUUUGUGGAGAUCAACGGAAUGAAAUUACCGGAUGCGAGUCAAGCAUAUCCGCUACUUUGGGCUGCGGUGGGAGGAGGUAAAGAUCCUAACGUCGGUCACAAAGCGGCCCUAAAGCACCUUGGGACUCAUUUUGAGAGCGGCAGAGGUGCGGCUCGAGCGACGACCGUAGUCUUGAUGGACGAACUGGACCAACUCGUGACUAGCAAGCAAGAAGUGGUGUACAAUUUUUUCAAUUGGCCCUCGAUGAGAGGGAGCAGAUUGAUUGUGCUUGCUGUUGCCAACACUAUGGAUCUGCCGGAACGCACGCUGAGCGCAAAAGUGGCCAGUCGAUUGGGUCUGACCAGGAUUCCGUUUGAGCCGUAUCGAGCGAAUCAACUGGCAGAGAUCGUCCAAUCUAGACUUGGCAUGCUACCGGAUCAAUUGCAGGAUCAAGAGCAUGACCUCGGAUGCGAAAAGGUGAUGAGCAAAGCUGCUAUCGAAUACGCUUCAAAGAGGAUCGCAAACGUGUCUGGCGAUGCUCGCAGAAUGCUCGACGUAUGUCGAAGAGGGGUGGAGCUGGUAGAGACUCGAUAUCUAGGCUCCUCCUCGUCUGGCACCGGCAUAUCGGACCAAUCGACAACACGUCCAGCACCGCCAGUCCAACCUGCCGACAUGAUCGAGAUUCUCUCUGCACUGGUCAAGUCUGGAAAGGUAGCCCACAUACGUUCCGUAUCGCUGCACGCCAAGAUUCUCCUCAUCUCUUUGCUUUCUGUCCUGAGAAGGCUGGGCUUAGUCGAGGUGAGCACAAGCGAUGUGUUGGCGCAUCAUCGAGCACUGUGCGGGAUGCACGGCAUCACCAGGAACGCAGGAUUGCCACCCUUGCGCGCCACUCUUUCAAAGAGCACUACGACCCCACUUGCUGCAUCUGCCGUGACGAGCUUCACGAUGGAUGAAUUGGACAACCCCUUGACGAGCCUAUGCGCAUUGGGAUUGGCCGUAGCCGUCGGCUCGGGAGCUGCACCUGGAAGAGCGGGCUCGAUGGCCAGACUCAUGCUUGCGUGCCAAGAAGACGAGGUCAAACUUGCUCUGGAACAGGAUCCGGACGAACGGCUCCGGAAGAUGCUCUAG